CCUUCAACCAGGAGGUAGGUCCCAAGGAACUAGAAAUCCGCCAUCUUAGUCCUGUAAAGUUCGACCGUUUGAAGUUUGAUCAGUCUGAGGCGCGACUAGCUCUAGUUCACUUAGGACUUGUGGCACAUUCAAAUUAGUCUCCUUCACGUUGGUUGGUUAUGCCUAAAAAUAAGGGAAAGGGAGGAAAGAAUCGGCGUCGAGGGAAGAACGAGAAUGAAAGUCAGAAACGCGACUUGAUAUACAAAGAGGCUGGUCAAGAAUAUGCGAAAGUUGAACGCCUUUUAGGCAAUGGUCGAUUAGAAGCUUAUUGUUUCGACGGUGUUAAAAGGCUGUGCCAUAUUCGUGGAAAGUUGCGCAAAAAAGUUUGGAUCAGUAAUGGUGAUAUCAUUUUAAUUGGUUUGCGAGAUUAUCAAGACAAUAAAGCUGAUGUGAUUAUGAAGUAUUUGAACGAUGAAGCCAGAACUCUUAAAUCAUUAGGAGAGAUUCCUGACACUAUAAAAUUAGAAGAGAAUGAUGAUAUUGAAUUCGACGCCAAUGCUGCCAUCUUCGAGGAUGAUGAAGAUGAUGAAAAAGGAUCAGACUCUGAAGAUGAGGAAGGCUCAGAUGAUGAUGAUGAUAAUAGUGAUGAUUCUGAUGAGAUUGCAGAAAUCAAUCAACGUUAUCGAGCUGAUACUGGCAUCGCUAAAGAUCAGCGAAAUAAUCGUCGAAGAUAGUUGGUGUUGGUGUUUCUUUUUAAUUGUGGUUUUCUCGUUAAGAUCAUUCGACCGCUUGUUGCUGGUUAUUACUUUCGUUUUCGACGGACUAAUUGUCCAAACCCUUCCUCUUAUGCAGAUACUGUAAAUCACUUAUUGUAUGGCAUUGAUAUAAAAUAAACAAAAAAUUUCUCAAUCAAUCGUGACCAUAUUACAUCAAGUACAAUAGUAUCGUUCUUAUUUUUUUUAACACGGUGUCUUUGUGUAAUUAACAUCCUCAACACUGUAUGAAGUUAUAUUCACUAAUAGGGUCUUAUUAUUUCAGACUUAAUUUAUUAGACCCUGAAUUAAUGGUUCCUUUUGAUGUUCUCCCCUUCUCUCUGCUUAUUUUUCUCAAAAUGUCCAUUUUCUUUUAGUCGUGAUCUUUUCAAAGUAAUAAAUCUGUUGGUCAGUUAGA